GUGAAUACAUGCAGUAACGGUGCAUUUAAAUCUGUUUUUUUUUUAAAUAUGAAGACAAGAAACGAUCGACUUCUUCCGAUCAGUUGGUAGGAAACAUUUGAUCAUUUGUAUCUACUAUAAGAAAGUUGAGAAUUUCGUUUGUGAAUUUGGUUUACUAUUUUUUGCUUUACCUGAGGGAUAACGACGCCACGGGCGUCAACGUUUCGUCAGAAAUGUCGUGAUCAUCGUCGUGUCCUUAUUCCCACCACAGCUACCACCACGAGCAUCGUCGUAAAAAUAACUUAGCGCAACAACCACCGACCUAAUCAAAAGGCCACUGGCAUGGGCACGACCGUCGCCGGCGACGACGCCUAUACCACCCCUACGUUAGCGUGGCUGUUGCAUUCGCUACCCCAUCUCAACGUCACGCUACAUCGCGUCAACUCCACCUUCGAUCCCCGGUCUCCCGUCUAUCUCGAGAGUUUAGGCAUCCUUGGUUCAAUCCCAGCAGCCUGGUUGAUCUUGACCCUUUUCAUAUUGCUUAUUUACCUGUUAACGAGAUGUUGCGACCACAAAACGCGAACGGCCAAGUCUAUAUCAGCCUUAAAAGUCACCCUCGCAGUGGUAUCGGUCCUUUGUUGUGCUGCUGUAGGUCUAGGCCUCUAUGGAAACGACGAUCUACAUAACGGUUUCACCGAGCUCCUUGCGGAAGGACGACAGGUGAACCAAUUGGUCGCCAGGAUCCGUAAUCAGACCGAGGCAAUCGACCGUCAAUUUUUGAUACAUGCGAAAUCACAACUUGUAGAAUUGAGCGACGUCUUCGAUGAACCAACCCAUAAUCAGACCGCAUUAAAGAUAUUGGCUUUCUAUCAUAGAAUGGCUGAACAGAACAACACUCAAGCAAUGAAUGCUGCAGCGGAUAUCAGGUCUCCAUUGGAGGGUAUAAACCUUGAGCCUAAAAUAUUAAUCGGAGAGAAAAUUGAAGCAAUUCGAUGGCCAUUUACUAUGGCCGUCCUCAGCGUUCUCCUAGUUCUUUGCGUGGUAUUACUUGUGGGGGUAGCGCGGCACAGUAGAUGUGCCCUGAUAGCAUUCUCGGUCUGUGGAUUAUUGGCUGUUAUCGCUUCUUAUCUAAUGGCCAGCAUCUACGUAGCCUCUAGCGUAGCGCUAGGUGAUUUAUGUACCGCUCCCGAUCGCUUCCUCGAAGAGGAGGCGUCACCGGGAUUGCCCCGCGAGAUUCUUCACUAUUAUACCAGUUGCGAACGUGCACGUGCUAAUCCGUUUACGCAACGUUUGCGUGAAGCGAAAGCGGCUGUGGAAGGCAUGCGUGCCGCGCUCAAUUAUAUGCGUAAGCCCACGAUCGAACUGUUUCCCAGGCGCAUGCUCGAACCAAUUUUUAGUUCAUUACUGAAUCAGGUAAACGAGGCGGACUCAGUGAUAACGUCGCUUACAACACUCGUCGAUUGCCGCGCUCUUAAUUCGCACUAUUUGAUGGGCGCGCGGGCACUAUGCAACGUUGGACUAUGGGGCUUGUCGCUGAUGUUGAUGUCGGCCAUGUUGGCCGGAUUGCUUAUGACGGUGCUCGUGUGGGUGGAUUCGCACACGUGGAUCUACAUCAGGAAAAAGAAAGACUACCAACAUGUUAUGGAAGGCAGCGAUCCGUACCUACCACCUCCGGCGGCCAGUCAGGCUAUUGCAGCCCGUACCCUUCAACGUAGCCAAGGGUCGUCUUACCGCCCCGAUACUCCCCCGCCUAGUUAUACAUCCGCCAUGCUGCAUUUAAGCUCGCAUGCCAGUGCUCCCCCGCAUGAAGCCCAAUCACUCAUUGAUGGGUGCGACAAACGGACGCCGGAUUGUAGAGGGGGAGGCGUUGGAGGAGGGCUCGGAGUCGGAAUUGGGACCGGCGCCCAUCUCUCUCAUCUCCGGGGUCACACUCUCGGUCGGUUGCCGUCCCACCACCAUGAACCGCUCUCGGGACCCAACAAUGGCAAGUACGCGACUCUGAGCAAACAAUGCAAAACACUUGAGAGCUCCGAUUUUUACUGAGACAGGUCUGCCUGCAAGGAAUUCCCAAACUUUAAAGGUUUUAAGUUCGAUCACAGUCAACAACAGCAGCAACCUCAAAAGAACGGCCAACCGCAACAUAGAACGGCAAAUAUUCAAAAAUUCAGUUCUUUGGGGCGUCGACCUCUUCCGCAAACGCCUGAUGAAAAGAAUCUCAAACAACCGCCCCUUCCUAAAGUUCCGACGACAAUAACCGCGACGACAGCGUCAUCUCUUGGGAGUGGUGGUGGUGGCAACCUCCUCGAAACACCUUUGAAUGUCGGUAAUUUUCGCUCAUUACAGCGGGGUGCUUGGCAGGAUUCAGGAUGUUUGCAAAGGGGUGUUCAGUUCAGAUCAUUACAAAGGGGCGGUUCUGGUAACGUACAGGGCUUAUCAUCACAUUCCCAGUUCAGGUCUGCUAAAGUUCAAGACCAAACUAUGCAGAAUGAGAAUUUGUACGCCAAUAGUGAGAGCGAAAGGCAGUUGUAUGCUGUGACUGAGUUGUAAAUACUCAUUCUUGAUUUCUAUUUUUGUGUCUUUUGGGAAAUGCAGGCAGGGCACAAUAGUAUAAGAUAUUUGUGUCUUUUUUUUUUAAUAUUAUGAUCUUCGAGUUCAAACAUUAAAAAAUAAUUACGUUUAAUACGGUCGUCUUACUAGUAUGUUGAAUAAAUAAUUUUAUUCUCUGUAAUUACUUGCGAUCUUUUCAAAAACUCCUUUCUAGUAAAUUACUAACAUUUAUUAAUCAAUACUAAAAGAUAAUGUCGUUUAGAAAAAGCUUAAAAUUUACAACAUAAUACGUAAGAAAUUUUGGUACCUCAAAUGAUAUGUAUGUACGUAUUUUAGAAACAAUUUCAAAAGAAAAAUAAAAGAAUUGUGUAUUGAAACAGUAAACAUCUUCAUUAGAAGUUGACAGAAAGUAGUACAUUUAAAAUUAUAAAAUUAAUAAGUUGAAAGUUAAAUAAAUUUUUAUCUAUUUUUACAGAACAGUGACUGAUUUCAUAAUUCAAAUUACUUUUUCUUUUGAAAAUAAAAUCUUCGUAGAAAAUACGGAUUAUACGUAUUUGUGAAGUGUUAAACAAAUGUUUGUUAUAAUAAGUAGUUAUAAAAGAUUGCAGAUAUAAAUCAUACCAUUAUUCCAAUGAUUAAUAAAUUUAAAAAUCUUGAAGAAAGUAGAAUUCGACGACCAAAAUUCUAACAUUCUCAAUGUGUCAUUCCAUUUUUGUUUUUAUUAUUAUUAUUUUUUUUAAUUAAAUUAAUAUGCCUUCAGUCAACAAAAUACAAAUGUUAUUUGUAAGUUUGUAUUAGGUAGUAACUCGUUGUGCGUUUACUUGUUAACGGAAGUGUUUUAGGAAGAAUUUUCUCAUUUCUUUUUCACUUCCGCUAAAUAUACCUUCAGUUUUCGCUGCAGCACAAAGUUACCAUUUACACUACCUUCGUUAUUGUUUCUUUUACAACACUAAUUUGCUACACUUGUAGUACCUAAUUAUUUAUUUACGCAAACAUAAGAGCAUCCAUAAAAUUUUAUUGCUUACAAAAAACUACACAAAGUUAGCAGAAUAUUUGGGAACAAUUUUUCUCAAUAACUGAUCCAAUGACUGGGUAGAAACUUGUUUAAAACUCUCUUUGAUACGAACUUCGGGUUCUUUUGCGAAAGAAAGGCUCAUUUAGUGAAUUAAGAUUUUUACAUAAUAAAAAAAGCCGCUAUCAAAUAGCCGCUGGGUACAAUGUGUGACUAAUAAUUGUGUAAGACUCGAUUUUUUCGAGAACAAUUAAAUAAUUAAUAAUUAUAAUUAAUGUUAACUUUCCAAAGGUAAUGGUACUGAUGGAGCAGGGUCCCAAAUAAACACGAGAUUCUUAUAGCAUUACUUUUUUGAUUAUUUUAUAAAAAAACCUUACGAGAAACGUAGGUAAUUAAAUACAAAAAAAAACAUGAAUAGACCAUUGUAGCAUUAUACAUACAAUUUGUUUCUUGUUUGUUCUAGAACUCGAAUUUCCAUAAAACAUUGAAGUGAACAUUUUUGUUUGUUCGGGGCCUUGCAUUUUUGUACUGUUUUAUUGUAGAUAGGCUAUAAAUGUCUUAUAAUAUUAAUACUGAAAGACAUCCGGUGUCUUUAGGUUAAUUCCUAAGUGUUUCAGUUACGACUUGUGUUAUAUUUUUUAAAGGGUUUUAUACGCACUUAUUUGUGAUAUUGUUGAUCUGAAUUGUUCGUUUGUACAUUGUAAUUAUUCGUAAGUCGAUCAACAGUUUCACAACAUUUAAUAUUAAUGAAUUACUGCCAAAGAAUCUAGAUUCGAGUGUGAAUGAAAGUCCGUGGAACACUAUCUUAGUGCUAUUUUUUGGUACCUUAUAUUACCAUUAUUUCCUUUUUUGUUAUUUUUUUUUGUAAGCAAAUGUUUUGUUUUGGUACUACAUCGAUAACUAGGCCUCUGAUAGAAUUACUUUCCUGACUCCGACACUAUCGAUUUCCGUUUAAUGUAUGAAUGUAAAAAUUAACAAUAUCUACAUUACUAAGCAGUGUAUUAUAAGAAUAUUUAUUUUACGUUUUUCAUAUUUAUAAGAAUGUAUCUGUUUAAUUUCGAAUAAAGAUAAAUGAAGAAUGAA